AUGGAUCUAUCUGAGGAAACAGCAAAACGGAUUGCCACACUACAAGCGAAGCUCAACAAGAAGCUGGGCCCCGAAUAUAUCUCGCAGAGACCAGGUCCAGGUGGUGGUCCAAAGCUUACCUAUGCUGAAGGGUGGAAGAUCAUCAAUUUGGCGAAUGAAGUAUUUGGAUUUAAUGGCUGGAGCUCAAGUGUAGUAACCCUGGCGGUAGACUAUAUUGACCUCAAUGAAGAAACCAAACGAUUCUCCGUCGGAGUUUCAGCUAUUGUCAGGAUAACUCUGAGAGACGGCGCCUACCACGAAGAUGUUGGCUACGGGUUGCUGGAGAACUCCAAGAGUAAGGGUGCUGCUCUUGACAAGUGCAAGAAAGAAGCUGUUACCGACGCGGUCAAGCGCGCUCUGCGUAAUUUUGGCAAUCUGCUAGGAAACUGUCUAUAUGACAAGUCUUAUGCACAAGAAGUCAUUAAAAUCAAAGUUCCUCCUGUAUGUAAUCAUUUUACAUUCUAUGUGGCGCAUUCCUGA